CAAAGCAAGCCAAGCCGAAUCCAGAACCUGAUGUUUUGUUCCUCGCGCGACAGCUGUAACCUCACGAACGCGCUGCUGUUUACAAAACACUCGUUUUCGUCCGGCCGGCUGCUAAAGACAACGCGCAGCGUUUUCAAUGAGUAGUGGACCAGUCGCGCUCGCUGGAAGUCGCCUACUGCUCAGUCUUCGAAAUCGCUCAUGCUGCGCAGCGAGCAUCGACCUGCUCUUUGCGCGUCAACCGCUCAUCCGCAAGACCAGCGCUCGUGCCGGUAGCAUGUCCGACGCACACUCUCCGAACUGCCCGCCCAUGACUGCAUUCGUGGUCACCAGGAAGAACCUACCGUCCUUCUCCGAAAAGAGAGCCGCCCCGCUACCGCCUCUCAGCGUCAACGACGAGGCGAGCCGCCGGGAGUCGAACCCGGUUCCUUCGAGCACCGCCGUCGAGUCCGCUCUUCGCUCCGCUCUCGGCAUAGGGCAUUCCGAAGCCUGCGAAGCGAGUACCACUGCGCCCGCAGCAGUUCCUCAGCUCGAUGCCAACGUUUCGACGCAGGACCCCGCCAUACUGGACUGGAGCCUGUGCAACCCGGACUCGGAAGACACAGUCGCCGAGUCCGAGCCCAAACCGAAGAAGACCGAUUCUACUCGCAUACUGCGCUUGCUGCACGGUGGUGAGAACGAAGGCGAGUCCACGAGCGAGGCAGACCGAGCCGAAAGUUCGCCAUCGGACCGGUCCGCGCUACCCGCUCCGCCGACCGCUCCGCGCCUCACGACUGAAGCCGACACCGGUUUAAACGCCGUCGCGACGGCCGAAACCGACAGUGCCCUGCGGUCGUCCACGUCGGCCGGUACACAAGAAGUCGGUGACGAGUGCGAGGUCGCGGGGGCGAGUGCGGCUUCAACGCCCGCUAAACAGCGCCGCCGCCGUCCGCGAAAACGUCAGAAGCGCUCUGGAAAGAUAAAGUCGGCAAGCGCGUCACAACAACAAUGCAGCGCCUCAGACGAUGGCUCUUCAGACGAGAGCUGCGCUGUCGUUGGCAACGAACAAGAGAGCGAUUUGGCCGCUGGGUGGAUUUCAGAGCUCCCGGCCGGUUUAAUUUCAUCGGCCGAUACAGAAGAUGACGACGACGACCCUGUCUACAGCCUCAAACCGCUGUUCACAGGCAAAUACGGGUCGUCGUCGUCACCUAAGAAGUCAAAGUCCAGUAAGGAUAACCGGCCAAACUACUUCGUGGCAAUCCAAGUGGAUGACAUAAAUGUCCACAGAAAAGCAAGGAAAGUCCAGGACCACAUGCGGAGCCAGGAGCCGAAUAUCGAAGGAACACUCAUUGGCAUACCUACGCUGCAUAUCACCCUCCUUGUGCUUCGGGUGAAUGAUGGAGACGAUUCACUACAGCGAGCCAAGGACUCGCUGAGUCGCAGUCACCAGGCUGUCAAAGACGGCCUUGAAGCCGCUCCCCUUACGCUGCAAUUCCAAGGGUUGGACCACUUUCGGAAAGAAGUCCUGUACGUGAAAGCCAUCGGCGAAGACUCGGUGUCCCGGCUUGAGGCCAUCGCUCAAGUUUGCCGCGAAGAAUUCGAAAAAUCAGACUUGGACUUGUCGGGAAACAAGGCGUUUGCACCACAUCUCACUCUGGCGAAACUGAGCAAGCAAAGCAGGCGAAAAAAUGGUAUAAAAAAAAUCCAAGAGGAAUGGUACGCGGCAUUCAAAGAUGAGCCAUUCGGUACGCAAAAAGUGAACAGCCUUCAGCUGCUGAGUAUGUCGAAGCCUAAAGAUGAACGUGGCUACUACUACUGCAGCCUGGAGCACACAUUCGGUGAAUUUCCAAAAGACCAGGAAACCGACGACCACAGUGAAUGCUGCGCGCCGGCACCAUCAAGAGCUUCACAGCACAAGAUAGACCAGAAAUUACUUAAAAUAGAUGCUGCAAAGGAGGAGGUAAAACGUGCAAUAUCAACCUUGACGAAUGCAAAGCUUCAGGAGCUAUACGAAACGAAGCAGGAACCCGCUGAAGCGAAGCUUGAACUCCCUGAAGAAGAGAACCUUGCCGACGAACCUUCUGAAGAGAAAACCUCUACAUAGUAGAGUGGGGCAAUCAGUGGAGGGUCAUUUUCAUAAUUCUAACCUGACGUGACACCGUGACAAUCGACGCGACAACAGGGGCACCCUCCUGACAAUAAUGCUUCUAGCAACGGAAAGACAGAUCUCACGAAAAGAAAAAAUGCACAUUUGUAACUAUGAAACGCUUACAGGUGACAUUAGUUGAGAUUUUAAUGAAGAUUGUGAAUAGUUCGUUAUGAGUUACUCGUUACUUCUACCUGAUUGCCCUCACAAAUAUCAAUAAUGAAACUAUUCUGCUAAUAUAGGUUCUUAGUAUCCCAUCAAUAAAGAAGUGACCAAUAGUUUUCACCCAAUGAAACCAUCACAUUAAAAAAUGGCACAGAUAUC